AUGGAUCCAUUAAUGAGCCCAUUCAGCAUGGGGACAACUACCCCACUUCAUCAUCCCGAUGAAGACUUAACUAAUUUUCAUCAACAAAAUCAGAACAAUGUUUAUCACGGUAUCAUGAAUCCGCCAAAACAAAUGGCACAUUCUUCGUACGGAUCACAAAUGGCUCCAAGCUUAAUGAUGCCACAACCACCUACACCACAAAGUCAUUUCGUACCUAUGACGCCAGCCACAGCAUCAAUUCCUGAUCACCCAAAAGUUCACACACCUCAAAUUGAUGCUAGCCCCUAUUCAAAAGGACCAAUGACUCCAAUGACACCUGCCGAUAAUUCAAUCUUACCUCAGUUACAAAAUAUCGUUUCAACUGUUAAUCUUAAUUGCAAGCUUGAUCUCAAAAAGAUCGCUUUGCAUGCUCGUAACGCUGAGUACAACCCAAAACGUUUUGCAGCCGUUAUUAUGCGUAUCCGUGAGCCACGAACAACUGCCUUAAUAUUUUCUUCAGGAAAAAUGGUGUGUACAGGUGCAAAAAGUGAAGACGAUUCAAGGCUGGCCGCAAGAAAAUAUGCUCGCAUUAUCCAGAAACUUGGAUUCAAUGCGAAAUUUCUUGAUUUCAAAAUUCAAAAUAUGGUGGGAAGCUGUGACGUGAAAUUUCCUAUUCGUCUUGAAGGAUUGGUGUUGACACAUUCAAAGUUCAGCAGCUAUGAGCCUGAGCUAUUUCCAGGCUUAAUUUAUAGAAUGGUGAAGCCUCGUAUCGUUUUAUUGAUUUUUGUGAGUGGAAAAGUCGUAUUGACAGGAGCUAAAGUUAGACAAGAAAUUUACGAUGCAUUUGACAACAUUUUUCCUAUCCUUAAAUCAUUUAAAAAGGCUUAGAUUAAUUAUAAGUAAGGAUCUGUUUGUUAAAAGCAACAUAAUAUUAAGAUUAAAAUUAAAUUCAGGAAUAAAAAUCUUGUUUCUUUAUUACCAAAAAA